ACUGUAGUAACUAAAGCAGGUUGCACAGUUAACAAUUUAUCGCAUUUCGGCGCACCAUCGCAUCAGUGACGACGCUUCCAAUUUUCUGCUCCUUCCGCGCAUUUGCUCUUGAAAUUUUCCAGACCAUCCUUCUCCCCGCCCCCACUCCGCGCUACUUUUCAAUUUUAUAUAUACGUGUAGGUGUAGCUUUGACGGAGAAAGAGAGGGUAACAAUUGGGUAUAGAGAAAGGGAUUUCAAGAUCGUAGAGAAAAGAAAAUAAAGGAGAAAUGGCACCAAUCGUGGGUUCAAAGCAAGCGGAACAACUGAAGCAAGACGGGAACAAUUACUUUCAGAAGAAUCGAUUUGGGGCUGCCAUGGAUGCUUAUACCGAGGCAAUUACUUUGUGUCCUAAUGUUCCGAUAUAUUGGACCAAUCGUGCUCUGUGCCAUCGGAGGCGGAAUGACUGGAAAAGAGUGGAGGAAGAUUGUAGAAAAGCUGUUCAGCUGGAUCAAAAUUCUGUAAAGGCCCACUAUUAUCUUGGUCUUGCAUUGCUACAAAAGGAACAGUUUGCUGAAGGCGUGAGAGAAUUGGAAAAGGCAUUAGACCUUGGAAGAGGUGCAAAUCCAGGAAGUUACAUUGUUGAAGAGAUCUGGGAAGCGCUUGCAAAAGCAAAAUACAUGGAGUGGGAGCAUGAAUCUACAAGGCGUUCCUGGGAGCUUCAGAACUUGAAAGAAUCCUGUGAGUCAGCUCUCAAGGAGAAACAUAUGCUUGACAGUUCUCACACAGAAGGGCUCAAAGAUGAAAGCUCAACAUCUCUUUUGAAGCAACUGGAAGCUGUAGGUGAGGUUUUCAUGAAAGCUGCUGCAGAUGAUACUCCAACCGAGGUUCCUGAUUACUUGUGUUGUAAAAUCACUCUUGAUAUUUUUCGCGACCCUGUAAUUACUCCGAGUGGGUUUACAUACGAGCGGGCUGUGAUCCUUGAGCAUUUGCAAAAGGUGGGCAAAUUUGAUCCAAUCACACGAGAACCACUUUUUCCAUCCCAGUUGGUACCAAAUCUGGCCAUAAAAGAAGCUGUGCAGGCAUUUUUGGAUAGGCAUGGCUGGGCAUACAGGAUACAGUAAAUUUUUCAUUGGGCAUACAGGAUGCAUGUCCUUGGGUGGUGUUCGUGAAACCAAGAACAGAGCCAGGGGACGGGAGGACGCAUCUUUUGGUGGCUAACUGCUUCCAAUAUGAUUCAACAUUAACAUGGUUUCCCGUGUAAUUCAUGUUAAUCACAGUUGUACAGUGUAGUGCUUUUGUAAUUGGCACGGUGGUCUUCAUCCAUUGUACAGCAAAUAAUCACCAGCUUUUUGUAAGGUUUUACAGUGAUAUACUGUUAAAUGAAACAAUAGUUUUUUGAUAUACAA